CCGACCUAUCGAACGGUCGCAGGCGCAGGUGGUGGGUGAUUCGAGGACACCACAAGAUUUAUGCUUAUGCGUGUCAUCCUGCCAGCCCUCCUGACCAACAAACACACGCACCCAAUCAUAUAGAUAGCAUCCACAAUCACCUCUUCUCCUCUCUUCUCUUCAAUUGAUAGAUACGAGGGGCCGGAAUCGUCGUCCUCUCGUUAAUCACCGCCAUCAUCCUCUUCUCUUCUCUGGCAAAAAACCACCAUGAUUGCUGAUGACGUCAUCCUCAGCGUCGCAAUCACCUCGCACAUAUAGUUAUCAUCGUCAUCAUCUCCGGGAUCGCGGUCACAUUCAUCUACGUACCGAUUCCCCAGAGUCUUGUACCGCCGAUCGCGAUCAUCAUCACCUCGUCAUCCUCAUCGUCGUCGCCAUCGCCAUCGCCAUCGCCACAUCUUCUUGUCGUUCCCCGUUACCGCCGCCGGGACCACCAUCGACGAUCCUCUUGAAGCGAUCAUUGGUCCAUCGGACGGAUGGCCUCCGUGACGACGAACACCUGCAAUUUGGCAUCAUCGCCUGCGCCUGUCCCAAGAGACGGCGGCAAUCUACGGCCCCCAGCCAGCGAUCCCGUGGUCGUGAGAAUCACUGACAGGAAGGUGACAUUGAUGUCGGAGACCGACCCUACUUCACUGUAUGCCCUUUGUCGCCGUUGGGUAAGGAAUGAUAGACCUAAAUCGAAAGACGAUCUGUUGCCUAGAAACGGGCCUCCUAUUAGAUUACCCAAUCCGUUAGCGGUGAGCGAAUGCGACGAAAAAGUAUCCGAAUCGUCUGAUAAGAAAGACACAUCGGACGGCUGUAGUGCAGCAACUCCGCCGGCGGCGGCGCCGCCGCCGCCGCUGCCGCUGCCGCCAACGGCGGACAGGGAGGGGGAGGGUGAAGAGGCAGCGAAUAACAAUGACAAGGAUGGCGAGGGCAGCAAAAAGAAGGAUGACGAUGAUGACAAGGAUUGUUGCGACGCUGCUGCUGCUGCUACUGAUGCGGAUGCUGCCGAUGGUGCUGCUGACUCCGUAGCCGAGAAAGAUAUAGAGAAAAUGAGCGGGAAGGAGCUGUUCGCUUUGCACCGUCCGCACUUUGUCAACGUGCGCAAAAGGUUCAUUUCCGACAGGCAACGGCGAGUGAAAAGGUAUAAACCACGCCUCGCGCUCCUCCUUCCAUCUAACGACUCAGAGGCUGCUCGCUCCGAUGGUGUGGUUCAUUCAGGGUCGUAGAUGUUCUCCUUCAUCUCGCUCUCUUUUUUUUCUUUUUUUUUUUCCGUAGAAACUCUAAAGCGUGCGGUUGGCAGCCUGUACUACAUCUUCUUUCUCCGUAAUCUUGUUGUCAUCAUCGUCAUUGUCGUCACCGUCGUCAUCGUCAUUGUUCGUCUUUUUUUUUUUUUUUGGUCAUUGUCAAUCUUGAUGUAGUUACAUGAUUGCAGAAGCGGAAUGAAAUGGCGGGAUGACG